AUGCCUUCUCUUACUGUUCUCUCGAUGAUUGGUGCCAUUGCGGCACCAGUGGCUGCAGAUAUCUACAACGUUAACGUUCCUUCGGGCUUUUUUCCUGGUCCUCAGUCUGGCAUUGGAUCGUGGUACCGCGCCUCUACCAAUCAGGACUCUACCAAUGGGCAGAGUUGGUGUGGCUAUGGAUACUCCAACUCCGACCCUGUGUUUGCUCCUUCUCUGAAAGCAAUGGGUGGUGCCACAUAUAACUCUAACCCGGAUGCCUGGAGACAGCAGACUAGAAAGUACUGUGGUCUGGAAGCCAAGGUCACCGACCCUACUACCGGCAAGAGUCAGCUUAUGUACAUCGGCGAUUCAUUCGAUGAUGCAUGGGUUAGAACGCCCGCAUCCAUUGAUAUCAUGAUUGAUGCCUACUCUAACAUUCAUGGAAACCCGAACGGGAACAAGAACAACGUCAUCAAAGGAGUUCAAUGGGAGCUCACAGGCAGAGUUAAUACCAAAUUUGCUGCACCGGGUGCCUCUUGGCCUGCCACAUCAGGCGGAUCUGGUGGAUCUGGUGGAUCUGGUGGAUCUGGAACAUCAGCUGGUGGGCUGGGUGCCAAGUGCGAUGGAAAAACGAGUUUAUGCAACAGCGGCCUUACCUGUCUCAGCCCUGAUGGCAUUUGCAGUGACAAAGCCUGUAAUUGGGGGUGCCAAGGAUGGUCUUGCAGCUCAAGUGUUCCAUGCCAAAAGCCCUUCAAUUGUGUUGAUGGAAAUUGCAAGGCUUAA